GAAAUACCGGACUAGAAAGGAAAAUGUCGAGUCGAGUUGUCAAAAAGUUGGCAUUUUUUCCAUCUGUUAUUGGUGUAGCGAGCUAUUUUCAAUAGUUAUCGACGAUUAAUUUAUAACUACGAAUACAAACGUGGGAGUACGAGUGGCGUCUAGUUAUGUGAUGACAUAAUUGUGUAAUACGAAGUGUUGUUAUUCCCGCGAUCUGAACUGGACAUGGACAACGACGCGGAGUCCCCCGCAGCGGCGGCACCGCUCCCGGAGAUGGAGGGCUACAAAGAGAGCGAAACAGACUACUCCAGCAUCAGAGGAAAGAUGGUGCUGGUGAGUCCAUCGGCCGACGAGUAUGACCUGCUGCGAAAGCAGCUCAUGGAGAGGCUGGAGGCAGGCAACGGAGAAAUCAUAUAUGACAUAGGACAAGGAGAGGAUGGACGAGGUCUCACAGAGGACGAGUACAGCGCAUCAGUGGCCACGCUACAGUCGCUGGUGAGCGGGUCCCGCGUGUCCUGCGUGGAGCUGCGGCGCUGGGACUGCGGCGGCGGCGACGAGCGCGGCCUGCUCACCGGCCAGUACCUGCUGCGGGCCGAGCGCGACCACACCGACUUCAUGGAGAUCAGAGUGGCAGUAGUAGGCAACGUAGACGCCGGCAAAUCCACACUCCUGGGCGUACUGACACACGGCGAACUCGACAACGGGAGGGGAUACGCGCGACAACGGCUGUUCAGACACAAACAUGAAAUGGAGAGCGGGCGGACGAGCUCUGUUGGCAACGAUAUUCUGGGAUUUGAUAGCAUGGGCAAUGUUGUGAACAAACCAGACCACGGAACGCUAGACUGGGUCAAGAUCUGCGAGAAGUCUUCCAAGGUCAUCACGUUCAUCGACCUCGCGGGCCACGAGCGCUACCUCAAGACCACAGUGUUCGGCAUGACCGGCCACGCACCAGACUUCGGCAUGCUUAUGAUAGGGGCGAACGCGGGAAUAGUGGGCAUGACCAAGGAGCACCUAGGGCUGGCGCUGGCGCUCUCCGUGCCCGUGUUCGUGGUGGUCACCAAGAUAGACAUGUGCCCACCCAACGUUCUACAGGAUAACCUGAAGCUGCUGAUCAGGAUACUGAAGUCGUCCGGCUGCCGCAAGGUGCCCGUGAUGGUGAAGACCAAAGAUGACGUCAUCGUCAGCGCUACCAAUUUUGUCUCGCAAAGGCUAUGCCCAAUCUUCCUGGUGUCGAACGUGAGCGGCGAGAACCUGGAGCUGCUGACGAUGUUCCUGAACCUACUGAAGACGCGCAUGCCGUCCAGCGACGACCAGCCCGCCGAGUUCCAGAUCGACGACACUUACUCCGUGCCGGGCGUCGGCACCGUAGUGUCCGGCACGACGCUAGCCGGCGUGAUCAGACUGAACGACACGCUGCUGCUGGGGCCCGACCCGCUGGGCCGCUUCACGCCCAUCACCGUCAAGUCCAUCCACCGCAAGCGCAUGCAGGUGUCGGAGGUGCGCGGCGGGCAGACCGCCUCCUUCGCUCUCAAGAAGAUCAAGCGCUCGCAGAUACGCAAGGGCAUGGUGAUGGUAUCUCCGGCGCUGGAGCCACAAGCCUGCUGGCAGUUCGAGGGCGAGAUCCUCGUGCUGCACCACCCCACCACCAUCAGCUCGCGCUACCAGGCCAUGGUGCACUGCGGCUCCAUCCGGCAGACCGCCUCCAUCCUUUCCAUGUCGCGCGACUGCCUAAGGACGGGCGACAAGGCGCUGGUGCGGUUCAGGUUCAUCAAGCACCCCGAGUACCUGAAGCGGGGGCAGAGGAUGGUGUUCCGCGAGGGCCGCACGAAGGCCGUGGGCAACGUGCUGCGGCCCGAGCCGGCGGGCGCGGCGCCGCGCCACAAGCCGCCGCCGCGCCACAAGCAGCGCGCGCCGCCCGCGCCGCCCGACGCCAGGGACAACGUCACGGAAGCGGACGUGACGACCCCCGACUCGCCCUUCGAGGUGCAAGCCGACAAGCGCGGCGCCGGCGGGCGGCGCGGCCGCAAGCGCCACGACAAGCCCGAGCCGCCCGCCGUCGCCGCCAACUAAACUGACACUCCAACCUAAACACAGGGCUUCGCUGAUGCAGACUUUCUAGAACACUGGAAUCUGGGUUUUUAUUUGGUGGUAUCAGAUACAGAGCGAGCCGCCUCGCCAAGAAAUCACCGUGUGGAGCCGCUCGGUCUGUGUAAACAUUGUCUACAUAGAUCGAGUUGCUUGAUCACUUUUUACGAUACAUUUUUCUGGUAGUUUUGAUAACGUUUUGAUUUAUCUAGAAAAAGUGCGAGUCGUCAACCAUAUUAACCGGAAAUGAUAUUAAUUCCAUCGUUUGUAUUCUAUCUGUUUGAAAAAAAAAGUAGAAUUUUGCAGUCCACACAGGCACACAGUGUUCUAGAGAGUCCGCUCAGAUUUCACAGUGCUUCAGAAAUUCACACCUUUGAAGUCACUUCACAUAACUGUCAUGUUACAUUCAAACUUUUACAGAAAAAUAUUUUUCUAAUAGGUUCCUGAUAAAAGUCCGUUGGCGUAACACGAAAAAUUCUAGGGAAUGGUUGUACUGAAUGUAUUGAAUUUCAUUACAAAAAAUGUAAGUACCAGAAUCCGCCUAAAUUUUGUAAUCAAUGUAAUCCGUAUAAAAUUAGAAGCACAGUGUAUAAUCAAUACUUGCUUACCAAUACAAAUUACAAAUAUUAGAAAAACAGCUUUCGGGUACAAAUAUUCCCUAGCCUCGGCCAACAUUUUACAACUAUACUAUAGCAUUGCUAGAUUCUGUCUCCAGGCACUAUAAUACCAAGAGUACAAGGUACUUAGGAUCUAUUCACUAAGUUAGAUGUAAUAAUUAAAGACUGGAUCAUCUACACAUGUAUCUACAUAAUACAAUAGCCUCCUAAGGCCCACUAAAAAAAUGCCAUUUGAAUUUGAAAUCAAUGGUGAAGGAAAUAUGAUUGAAUUUGUUGUUUUUUUUUUUAAAUAGAAUGGAACAAAAGAAAAGAAACUGUUCCAAUUGAAAAUGGUUUAAAGCGUAUUGAAGUAAUUUGUGUUAUAGGUAAUAGAACCGUGGGCCCGUGGCACUUACAAGGAUAAAGCAAUCUUAACAAGAAUUAUUUCUUAGCUACAGACAGUCUAUUCUAUGCUGUAUACACAUGAUGGUGGCAAACUAAAUAGUUAUAUGUCUAAAACAAUUUAUUUAUAUGACAAUAUAAAUAAAUAGUGUCAGACACAGAGUCUGUAUAUGAGUAGAUGUAUCCAGUCGCGGUCUCAACAGAUUGUUCCAUAUUUUUGACAACUACUAUUAUUAUUGCUGUAAAAACGAACAUUUACAUUUAUCUGUCUUAGAUUAGAAACUGAAAUAAAAAUCUUUCAUUGUCUAGAAAGAAAUAAUCAUUGAACUGUAUAAUGUUUAUUAUAAUAUAUGCGGCAGUAAAAAAAAUCUUAUUAUCUGCAAGAUUGUAUGAACAUACUUUGGUAUGUAAUUACUUAUACAAUAUUUUAUGUUUGAUUUCAGUAGCAAAAAAAGUACAUUGAUUGUAUUCUAACUUGUUGUUCUUAUUAGUUAACUUUUGUGAUUAAAAAUGAUUGUCUUAUUAACAUUGUUGAAGCAAUAAUCAUAAAUAUAGCAAGUGAUGUGAGCAGCUGAACUAUGAUGUUGUAUAUCAUAGUUUCCAAGAGUUUUUGUGUUGUGAUGUCUAGUAAGGGUAAUAGUGGACAUUUUUGACAAUAGUGAUGACAAGCCAAUAUCUUGGCUGCUAACAAGCACUAUGCCUACUAAGGCUUAUGUUAGUGAUUAUCUGAUUAUAUUAGUUGUAUUAGUGAGGCUAGCUGCUCUACUUCAUAUCAUAAUUAUAUUCAGUAUUUGAUUGUUUGCAGUACCAUUACAAUAUGUGAUUUUUCUAGUUUAAGUGAGAGAAUAUUUUUAUUGAUUUGUUCUGAGUGAGGGAAAUUAAAAUAGCUCGAAACUA